AGGGGCGCGGUGGCUCGCGAAAUUAAAAUCUUUCUUUCCUUUUUUAUUUUAUUACUAUUAUUAUUAUUAUUUCUAUUAUUCUCUCUCUCCAUUCCGUGGUUAGUGAACGCGAAUUCGUGCAUUACAUUCUACAUCGCCAAAAAACAACAAUGGUCGUAGAAAGUACGGGCAAAAAAUCACACCCAUAAAUCACUGGCUGAUAUAUAUAUUUAAUACAAUAAAUAUAAUUGGAAUUACAUAUAACCAACACGCAACAUGACCAUUACGCACAUAUUUUAACAGUGAUAGUGAUAGUGAUAGCAAUGUUAAUGGUAAUAAUGUUAAUAAAAUUAACAAAUAUAAAUAGUUUCCGGAAAAUGUAAAUCCGCAACUUCUACGGAAUCAACAUGCAUGGACCUGGCAGAAAAAAUGAAAAAUAUCGUCGCUAAAGGAAUGCAAACAGAGAUGGGUCCACCAACAGGAACUGGAGGAGCUGGAGGCGGGGGCGGUAACUCUGGAUACCCACAAGGUUCACCCAGCGGUGCUGGGUAUAUUACUGAGAAAAUGUACAUGCUUUUGCAAUUAUAUUUACAAAACAAAGGAUGGAAUCCUAGUAUUGAAUUGCUCCAGUGUUUUACGGAAUUGAAAGAGGCUUCCAUGUUACCCAGUGCUGCAUACUUACAAAUGAUGGCAUCUAGAGUAGCAUUGGACGCCCACGGUCGUUUGAUAUUACGAGAAAAUGGUAAAAUAAUACUUCCCUACGAGCAUUUUGCAAACGCAGUGAUGCUGAAGCACAUGAACGGGCCGACGGGAUUGCACCUGGGUCUCGAGGGGACCGUGAGAGCUGUAAUGGAAUCUUACACCAUCGGCCGUGAGUGUUUCGGCAUGGAGAAGGAGUUUAUAAUCGAAGUGGUCCAAAACUGUCCCAACCCAGCGUGUCGAUACUACAAGAACCAGAUGGAGCUGACCCAGAAGAUGGGCCACAUGGCUCCAACUUACAUCCAGGACAGCGAAGCCGCUGCCUCGCUGCUCAGGUCCAGCUUCUCGCACAACUCUGACUUCGGGAUGAGCAACUCCCAGUCCAACAGCAGUCACAUGCCUGUCGCUGGCUCCUCUUCCAGCGACUUGUCGGAGCUUCAGCAGCGGAACACCACCCAGAUGAAUCUCCAGCAGCGGCCUCCAAGUCGUCCUUCGCUUAAUAUUCCCCACAGACCGGCUUCUUCUCAGGAACGCAAGCAGUCUUUAGGAAAGCAUCAUUACGAGUCUAUCAUGGCUAAUAAUAAUGCUGCAGCAGUGGCCGCUGCUGCGAUGAAUGAUCAUAAACUCACAGAUUUUUUGAGGUCUAAUAAUAUUGACAGCAUCGAAGGACUCAAUAGUCUGGGUCUUGGCAAUCUCCAGGGACUCAGUAAUGCCAAUAAGGAUUUACUUGCGCUACACAACGGCGCUUGGGCUAAUGAUGACAAAAAUUCGCGUCCUAAUUCUUCUAAUUCAGACACUGGUGGAGGAAAAAUAGUACGAGCAUUCGCAGAAGUUAUGAAAAAUAUGUCAAGAAUGAAAGCAUGCGUACGUCCUGCGAUGUGCAAGCCCUACGGAAAACAAUCAGAAGCUCUACAAAAAACGCUUGUUGAUACAAUACAACUGGUGCAGUCGCUCAGAAGUUUUCUUCCACCGCCUCAUUUUCCGGUUUCCAGCUGGAAAAAUGAAGAUAAACAUAGAUUAGAUCAUACUUCUUCAUAUUUAUCAACUUCAUUAAAAGCUGCGGGAGUACGUGAAGAAUUAUACGAAGCUCGUAAAUUGGAUUAAUUUAAAAAAAAAAAAUUUUAUAAAUAUGUUUUUUAUUAUAUUAAAAAUUAUUAAAGAUCAUCACUAUAAUUUAGUACUCGUUUGUACUAAUUGUGUUCUAGUCACACGAAGAGUCAUCGAAUCAACUUUAAUAGUAAAGAAAAUAAUAAAAAAAACUCGGUAAUUUUUUAAUUGACGAAUAAAAUAAUAAAAAAAAAAUUUUUCAAUGUAAUAAAAAAUAAUAAAUGAUUAGUUUGCUCAAAAAAGCGUUGGCGUUUAGGCUUUUUGAUGUGACGGUGGCAAAAAUAAGUCAUGCGUGGACUGUGAUAAAGUCGGUAGUCAAAGAAAUUAUUAUCUAGGUCUGUCUCGAAUUUUAAUUAAUAAAAUAAAUUAAUAAUAAAAGAGUGAAAACAAUAAAUUAAAUAAUUAAUUAAUAAAUAAAAUUAAUAAUAAAAAUUGAGGAAAAGCGAAUGAAGUUUGAGUCUGGUUAUCAAAUAUCGGGAAUAAAUAUUUUUUCCGGUCUUUGUUGGUUAGUUGUUAAUUUAAGUGAAUACCAUAAAUUUUUAAGUUUCACCCUGCCAGUGGUGCUUAUUGGUGCGUAUUGCUGUAUAAGUAAUAACAAUUUAUUAUUACUUAUUACUAUUAUAUAUCUUGCUACUGGCAAUGUACUGAUAUUAAGAAAAAAAAUAAAAUUAGUAAUAUAAUAUAUUAAUAAUGAUCAGUAUUUAUAAUAUAUAUUUUUAGACAGAAAAAAAAAUAAUUAA